AUGUCGUCGCAGGCCUAUCUCGACGCUGUCAAGGCUCGCCGCUCCUACUAUGUCUUGAAGCACGAAUCGACCAUCCCCGACGCCAAGAUCCAUGAGAUCGUCAAGGAAACCAUCCUGAACGUGCCCAGCUCCUUCAACUCGCAGUCGACACGCCUGGUGGUGCUGUUGGGCGACGAGCACACUUACCUAUGGGAUCAGAUCGCGAAGCCGGCCGUCAAGGCUGUGGCGCCUCCCGAAGUCUGGGGCCAGUCUGAACCACGCCUGGAUGGCUUCAAGAACGCCUACGGCACCAUCCUGUUCUACGAAGAGCCCAAGGACGUGGCGAAGCUGCAGGAGGCCUUCCCGCUGUACGCCGACAACUUCCCUCAGUGGAGCGAGCACACCAACGCCAUUCAUCAGCAUGUGUUAUGGACCGCUCUCGAGGCAGAAGGACUGGGAGCCAACCUGCAGCAUUACAGCAACUUGAUUGAGGAGAAGGUGGCCGCCAAAUGGAAUGUUCCUGGCCACUGGAGCCUCAAGGCCCAACUGGUCUUCGGCACCCCGGCGGCGAAGCCUGGUGAGAAGACGGCCAAGCCGGUCGAGGAGCGUGUCUUUGUGUACGGAGCGAAGAACUAG